CAGUUCUCGUCCAUGGUCAUCGGCGCCGUCCACGUGACUGACCUGGACGACUAUGACCUCGAGGACAAGACCUUCGAGGUUGACCCCAUGACCUCGUCCGACGUCGCCACGCACUUCCAGGUCGACCACGAGACCGGAAACAUCACGAUGUUGAAAGGGACGCCGUCGGGGAUUCACGUCCUUCGGGUCAAGGUGCAUGACAAUUUCCGAGGAGAGAGAGCGGUUGGCGAAGUUGUGAUUAAUGUUGUGGAUCUAACGCUGGAUGCUGUCAUGCAAUCUGGCUCUCUCAGGAUUGCAAACAUGACGGCUAAUCAGAUGCUGCAACACAAGACCGCCACGGGAGCGAGCCUCUACGAGCGCCUGAAGGAGGAGAUCGCCGGCCUCCACCACAUCCAGGAGGACCAAGUCGACAUCUUCACGCUGAGGGACGUGGCGGACGGCGUGGACGUGCGCUACAACUGCCACAGCUCCCCCUACUACACGGCCGCCAGACUAGACGCCAUUAUGUUGCAGCGCAGGCAUAAGGUGGAGAAAUCCCUCGGCGUCGAGAUCCCAAUGAUCGACAUCAACCUGUGCCUGUACGAGGGCCUGUCUCCGUGCGGCGACCGGAGCUGCCAGCACACGAUGCGCCCGAACCUCACGGCCCCCCUCGUCGUCGCCAGCGAGACCUCCACCAUGGUCGGGGUCGACAUAACGGACGACUACACCUGCGACUGCGGUGCUUUGGAGCCUCUUCCUUCAGUGUGCUUUGAGGGCUUCUGUUACAACGGAGGAACCUGUUACGUGGUCAACAGGACCCUCACGUGCACCUGUUUGGACGACACCAACUACGGUCCUCGCUGCGAGCUGAUGACGGCGAGGUUCGAGCGCGGUUACGCCUGGUACGAGCCGCCGAAUGUGUGCGAGAAUUCGACUUUCUCCAUGGUGUUCGAGACCAACGACGCCAGCGGGGUCCUGUUCUAUACGGGGCCCAUGGUGACGAGUCCUUGGGCAGACUACCCGAGAGAUUUCCUCUACGUGAUCCUCAAUAACUGGGUGUUAGAAGUGUACCUCGAUCUCGGGUCCGGAACACUGAACAUGUCAAUUCCCAUUGAGGAGAACACCGCGAGGUCCUUCGAGUUCAUCCUCUCCUGGGACAAGAUCGAGAUCACGCUCGAGGUCCUAGACUGCGGCAUCAACGGGACCCUCGAGGUCUCGGACCCUUGCCGCAAGUCCCUCUUCCUGCCCGGCCCUUACCGCAGCACGAGACACUUGCUGAACGUCCAGGGCCCGAUGCAGGUCGGAGGCACAGCCGCCAUGGUAAGUUUCGCGAAGCUGUCUGCUUCUUACGGGUGGACUCUCACGCCGCCCUACGUCUACUCCUUCUCCGGCUGCGUGCUGGAGCUGCGCCACAACGACCGCCUAUACGACCUCAACGCCACGGACUACAGCAAGAAGACUUUCCAGCCAUGCGACGCUCCGAGGACUUCGAGGGUCGUGCUCGGCCAGCAGUCGGUCAUCAUCAUCCUGGCGAGCUUGCUGUGCCUUCUGCUGCUGGUCCUGGUGAUUCUGUGUCUUGCUCGGCGAGGCAGGAAGACAAUCUCUUAUCCUGAUCUGGACCGCGAGAUUGUGAAGGAGACGCUGGGAGGGACGGACAUCGAGGGGUUCGGUGAGAAGGAUGUCACCAACUUCGACUUCAAGUUCCUUCAGGUCACUCCUGAUGGCUAUCUGAUCAAUGACGACGAGGACGGGCGCCUCCCCGACGUGGCCCUCGACGCGAGCCAGAGGCAGACGGCGCCCUUGGCCAAGAUGCCCGAGGGCCUCAGCAUCGGCGACUUCCUCAAGGACAACAUCAAGAAGGUGGACGAGGAGCACCAGGAUGUCGAUGACGUCAGGCACUACAACGCGCAGGGAGAUGAGAUGUCAGCCGCGUCGCUCUCUUCCCUGGCCUCCGGAUUACCUUCUACCGCAGGAACGUCGUCCGCCGGCACCUUCGACUACAGGAGCGACUGGGGGCAGCGCUUCGAGAAACUGGCGGCCAUCUACGGCCAAGGGACGGAGACGGGCGAGGAGGAGGACAGCGAGUUCGAGUUCCCGGACAUCCCCGACCAGCCCCGGAACUACUCGCUGAGAGCUUCCUUCGCCGCCAGCGAGAAGUCGACCAGUUCGAGUCCCGCGUCGGUGGUGGAGAAGAACGUGGGCGUCCUCGCGACCUCGACCUCGGCCUCGAUCCCGAACUCCUUCUCGACCUCGCUCGCGACCUCGGCAGCGACCCUCGCCAACCACUACCCGGCUUCGACGAUGGGGAGGGAAGCCAAAGCCACCAAGGAGGAAGUCAGGGAUCACAACGGGGCUGAGGGCAGGGCCACGGACGCCAAAGCUGCUGACGGGAAAGGAACUGAUACCAAGACUGACCUGAAGGCGAAGAAGGAGACUGAGAGGCCGACGCUGAGGACCAACAAGGAGCCCGUGACGAAGAAGAUCGAUUACCAUGAGACGGUGAAUCCCAUGGUGUCAGCUGUUAACGGCGUCAGCGUAUUUAAAGAUCCCCAAAGCCGACAGGCCGGCACUGGGACGGAGGUAAUGCUAUAAAAAGGAAAAAUAUCAACACCGGCCAGAGCUAAAACAAAAAAACAAAAAACAAAAAACAAAAAAUAAAAACAACAAAAAAAAUGUGUUUAAGGUAUUCGCUUUUUCUCGCUUGUACAUGGACGAAGUGUUUGCUCUGUGGAAGAAAUACAGUGUUUGUUGUCCUCCUGCUACUGCAUUUUUUGUAUCAAUCAUUUGACAAUAAAUUCCUGUAUAUAUAACAAAUAUAUACA